AUGGGCAUGGAAAUAUUGUUACGUGGUGUGGCGUUGCCUUUGAUAUUCUUUGGAAGUUUAGCGCAUUCAGAUGAUAGAUUCCUAACAGAUCCGCCAGAUUACAUCAAACCAUGUAAAAUAGCGGAUAAAAAUUUUGUCAAAUGUUCCACCGACAGUAUACAGCAAUUAUUUGACAAACUUAAUACUGGCAUUCCCGGUUUGGAUAGCAUUAAAAGCUUCGAUCCAUUUCAUUUGAAUCGUAUUAAAAUAACCCAAGGUAAUAGUCAGGCCAUUAAUUUAAAAGUGGAAUUGGCUAAUGUUAAAAUUAAUGGUUUCGGUCAUACAAACGUUUUGGAAAGUGUAGUUUUCCCUAAGGAUUAUAGUUGGAAGACUACUUUCAUGCUGCCUGUGAUGAAAUUGCAAGGUGACUACAGUCUCCUCGGGCGGAUAUUGUUAAUACCAUUAAAUGGUAGAGGCCAGGUAUUUUUGGAUGCUGAGAAUAUGACGGUCGUCAUGCACACAAAAACGCAUUUAUAUGAAAAGGGUGGUUUUACAUUCUAUAACGUAACUAACACUCGUGUGAAUUUCACUUUGGAGGGAUUGAAAUCAUAUUUUUCUAAUCUAUUUAAUGGCCAAAAACAAUUGGAGGAUAGCACAAACAAGUUUUUUAACGAUAAUUGGCGUAUGCUAACUGAUGCUUUGUAUACGGUGAUCACACAAACUAUUGAAGAUAUUUUGCUGGAUGUUUUGAAAAAGAUUUUCCAUUAUAUUCCAGCAAAUUUUUUCGUAACCGAUAUACCGACACCUGAGCAACUGUACGGAAAAACAAAAAAAAAGGGUACAGCGGUUGGCAAAGAAUACAAAAAUAGUGAACUGAGCAAAAGUUUAUUAGAAAUAAAACCCAAAAAUUCAUUUCAUGGUUGA